UACCCUUGURUCGGGAAAAAACGCACGUGAGUUUCUUCGACRAGAAUUAAAUCGAGCUCGGGUUUUCGGGAUCACCCGCUGUUUCCAGUCGUUAAGAGAUCACGAGACUCGCUCGGACCGAUGUACCCCUUGGUACCGCGGGUGUAUCUAUAUCUUCWAACGUCAUACCAUCGUAUCCUCUGUUAGGUUUUUAAGUUACUCAUUCCGGCAUCGCCGAAUGGGACAAGGUCGGGGAGGCAUAGUAAUAAGGACGUGGAUUUGGUAACUCGGUACCACUGCGCGAUUGUCAAUUAUCGGUCCAAAGCUUGACGGACGGCCUCUCGGGAUUGCGGGUGCCGCUGCUGCCCGCUGCCGCCGUCGCUGCUGUUGCAAGGUUUCCUCACAAGCUUGGAUCACGGCAACACCGAAUCGUAGCAGCAGCCGUGCCCGUGCACGUACCACGACCGGAAUUCGGUGGUUCCCAACCAAAGUUUCUUCUCCUUUUCCGGCAGAACCGAAGCGGAACCCUUAGCAGCAGCCACCAACCACCGGCACCACGAUCCCCCGAAACCAGCAUGGAGCGGCCCCGGGCCUUCGACGAACCCCCUCCCUCGAACCUGCCCAGUCCGUGGGCGCUGGGAGUCCUGGGGGCGGUGGGGGUGCUGGCCCUCCUGGUGGUGGCCGUCACGAUCCUCAACCUUGUGACCCUGUGCGGCUGCUGCCGCCGCGCCAAACCGAAAAAGGCCAAACCAAAAAAGCCGCUGUCCCCGGCGCGGCGCGGGACCGAAAGCGGCUCGGAAUGCUCCGGGGACGGCGAGGAGGAGGAGGACGAGGACGAGGACGAGGAGAGCCAGAAGGAAAGCGGCGAAGACGACAGCCGGAGCAAAGACAGCCGGAGCUACGACAGCCGCAGCCACGACGGCCGCAGCUACGACAGCCGAAGCCACGACAGCCGAAGCCACGACGGCCGCAGCUACGACAGCCGCAGCUACGACAGCCGCUAGCCGGCGGACCGCUCGUGGGGACCCACCACUGCGGUGCGCACGGCUCCGGGCCUUCGCUUCGUUCCCGUCUUGGGUGCCCCCUAAGACUCGCC